CUCCCGGCUCCCGUCGUCCACCCGCCAGCGGACACCAGCGCUCGCUACUGCUCGCCCCACGCCCACCCACCUCCCGAGUCCCAACUGCUACCAAUCGCCCCGUGUCCGCUCACGCCCACCCAUCUCUCGGCCGCCGCCCGCCCCCCAUGCCCACCGUUGGCCGCCCCGCGUCCGCCGCUGCUCGCCUCCGGCCAUCACGCCUCCGCCCGUGCCGCCGCGCGACGCGCCCGCCUUGGGCACCCUGCCACCACCACACCCGCGGGUCCCUACCGGAUUCAGAGUUGAAGACAAUUUUCCACCCGUCAGACAACUCAGCAGGACGCUCCAGUGCUCCACACCUAUCGCUUUCCCCUCCACCCACCUGAGAGAGAGAGAGAGAGUCCCAGACACCGCAAAGCCCCCACUCUGAAUCCCACCCGAAUCGCCUGCUCUGCCCGCCGCAGACGCCGGCGACCCCGUCUCCGUUCUUACUACUCCUAUCAUGUGCGGAGUUCAGAUGGUUCCAUUGAUGCUUGGGAUGUGAAUUUCGUAGAGGGACAAGCAUUAACAUUUAGCCAUAAAAAAUGGACGGUUCAAGUUCAACUGCAUCCCAAGGACAUCAUGCAAAUGGAAAGCAGAAUCAAGCGCAAACCAUUGAUCCUCCUGGUCCUUCCAUCGUGAAAAAUGGACCAAAACACCGCUCAUUGACUCCAAUGAGAUGUUUCCGUGGAGUAUUGUGUUUGGUGAUUAUGCUAUUAACCGCAUUUAUGAUGAUGGUUUAUCUAUCCCCUAUAACUACUUUCCUUGUACGGUUGUUCAGUGUGCAUUACAGCAGAAAGUCAACAUGUUUUCUGUUUGGGAUGUGGUUAGCCAUGUGGCCUUUUUGGUUCGAGAAGAUUAACAGGACCAGGUUUAUUUUUUCUGGUGAAAGUGUGCCCCCAAAAGAGCGUGUGCUGUUAUUUGCUAACCACAGGACUGAGGUUGACUGGAUGUACUUAUGGGAUUUUGCACUUAGGAAAGGCCGUUUGCAGUGUAUCAAGUAUAUCCUUAAGAAAAGCCUGAUGAAGUUACCUGUUUUUAGUUGGGCGUUUCACAUUAUUGAGUUCAUCCCAGUAGAGAGGAAGUGGGAGAUUGAUGAAGCAAUAAUCCGAAGCAGGCUUUCAGAAUUGAAGAACCCCAAAGAUCCCCUUUGGUUGGCAGUUUUCCCUGAAGGCACUGAUUAUACUGAGAAGAAAUGUAUCAGAAGUCAAGAGUAUGCAGCAGAGCAUGGUUUGCCUAUUCUGAAAAAUGUACUGCUUCCCAAGACAAAGGGUUUCAAUUGCUGUCUGCAAGAGCUGAGGAGUUCCAUAUAUGCUGUAUAUGAUAUCACAAUCGCGUAUAAACAUCGACUGCCAACUUUUCUGGACAAUGUAUAUGGUAUCGAUCCUUUCGAAGUCCACAUCCAUAUUGAAAGUAUCCAAGUCUCUGACAUACCAGCAUCCGAAGAUGAAGUAGCUGACUGGCUGAUAGAGAGGUUUAGACUGAAGGACAAACUUCUGUCUGAUUUUUCAACACUAGGCCACUUUCCGAAUGAAGGAACCGAAGGGGAUCUGUCAACACUCAAGUGCUUUGCAAAUUUUGCGGCAGUAGUCAGCGUUACUAGCAUCCUCAUGUACCUAACCCUGUUUUCGUCUGUAUGGUUCAAGAUUUUCUUAGCAUUUAGCUGUGCUUUUCUUACAUUUGCCACCUACUACUCUAUACAUCUGCCGCAGCUAAUAGGUUCCCCAGAGGCGAGGAUCGAUGCGAAGCAAGCUUGAAUGUAACUUGUCUAUACAUCUGCCUGGGCGCAGCUUGUACCACCAGAGUCCUGUGUCUGUGCAUAUAUGUUCAAUGUGUUUUGGUACUGGGAACUGUGAUAACCCGAGUGACGCUCGUCGAGCCACGAGAUGUAAAACUGGGAGCACCACAAGAAUUCCACAGACGAAUUCAUGGCUGGAUUGUGUUUCCCAUUUCCUUCUGAAGAAGACGCUGAAUUUGUUGGUGAUACAAAGACAGAGGUGUUUUAAAUUGCAGUGUAUUCCAGUUCCUCAGUUC